UUUAUGGCCACUUCAUUGUGGGAUCCAAAGGAUCCUGCAGCAGUGCUGGAGCAAGUCAUGCUGUAUCUGUACAUAUUCGUAAUGGAAGUUUCCAAAGCAGCCAGACAGUACAGUGCACCGAGUCUAAUAUUGGGUUCUGCGCGCAAGAGCUCUCUUGUGUAGGAGUCGUGGGGAGAGACCCCAGGGAGUGAAGCUGAGGAAGUGCUGAUUUUUUGUGAUUUCAGAAACUUGGUAAUAUCCUCUAGGUCUUUGCUGAGGCUUGCUUUCAAUUCUUCUGACUCCACGGAGUGUCUAUCCAGCACUGCAUUAGAGGAAUGAUUUGCCAGCUGUCAGGGACUUCUGAGUACAGUCUGCGCUUACAAUCUGAAAAGCAGAGGAUUGCAGGAACUGCUUGGUGAUGCUCGUUUGGCCUCAUAUCACAACAGUUGUCUUGAGAGAGCAGGCUCUGACGGGAGCGAGACUGCCCAGGAUGUCCAGCUGCCUGCCAAAACUGACCACGGCGGUGCUGAGCCACAGGCUCAGGGCUCUGUUUAUCCUCACCAUUUCUUUUGUGUUCUUUGCCUCUGUCAUGUUCCACUGGAGAACUGGGGAGGACGCUGAGGGCCAGCUCUACAGCUUGCCUACACAAAGCAGGUGUGAACAGUUUUUGCCUUGCCUUCCCAAUCCUACUGAUGGUGGGCCCCCUCAUUCCUCAGGGGAUGUGUUUUUUGUGGAGACCUCUGAGCAAAUUAACCCAAGUUACCUGUUCACAUGCUCUGUGGAGUCAGCGGCCAGGACGCACCCUGGGACAAGGGUCAUGGUGCUCAUGAAAGGUUUGGCAAAUGGGAAUGCCUCCUUACCCAACCACUGGGCAUUCUCAUUGCUGAGAUGCUUCCCCAAUGUGGAAAUCCGGCCCCUAGACUUACCAGAGCUUUUCUCAGGGACGCCUCUGGCAAAGUGGUACCUGCAGUCUGAGCACCAGAAGGAACCGUAUUUCUUACCUGUCCUGUCUGAUGCCUGCAGAAUUACCAUCAUGUGGAAAUUUGGUGGCAUCUACCUGGACACAGACUUCAUUGUGCUUAAGAACUUAAAGAACCUCACCAAUGCCCUUGGUCUCCAGUCUCAGGAUGUACUGAACGGGGCCUUUCUGUCCUUUACACCCAAGCAUGAGUUCAUGGAGCUUUGCAUGCAGGACUUUGUGGAUAACUACAAUGGCUGGAUCUGGGCGCACCAGGGCCCAGAACUCUUAACGCGUGUCUUCAAGAAGUGGUGCUCCAUCAAGAAUAUCCAGAACAACAUGAGCUGCAAAGGGGUGCGUGCUCUUUCCCCAGAAGCCGUUUAUCCUAUUCGCUGGGAGGACUGGAAGAAGUUAUUUGAAACAAUCAGCUCCUCAGAGCUUCACAAGCUCCUUAAGAACACCUACGCGGUGCACGUGUGGAACAAACUGAGCCACGGGACAAGGCUAGAGAUCACAUCCCAGGCUUUGCUGGCUCAGCUGUAUUCUCAGUUCUGCCCUGCCACAUAUGCGAAGAUGAAGGAGGACUCUGAAGAGCAGUCAAGGCCUGCAAUGUGACCUGGGGGCCCUUGGCUGCAGGGAAGUUCCCCGACCUGAGGGAAACUGAGUGCCUUUCACCUUCCACAGACUUGAUUUCUGGCCUAGGAGCAGGUAUUCUGGCUGAUGGCUCAGUGAUUUUGUACCAUUUCCGAAAUCUGCCUCGGAUCCCACGUGCUUCAAAUAUACACCAGAACCUGCUUUUGGCCUCUCUUGUUGUCCUUCAGUAGCCCUUGAUGCUGCAGGGCAGGGUGAACUUGUUCAUCGGUGCCUAUCAGUUGCUCCUCUGUUGCUGUUCUCUCAAUUGCUCCUCCUGUGUAUCAGGCCCGAAAGGCCUCUCCUGUAGUUUCAGCAGCUGUAGAAACCCUUACCUUGCUCUCUGUAACGUUUCUAAGCAUGUAAAUAAGUGCCAGCCACUGCUAUAGGCCACGGUUUAUCGGCACUUAGGACCAAAUUCCCUGAGUGGUGAAGAUUCUUACAGCUGGUGAAGUUUUGGGGAGUAUCUGAAAAUUGCUUUAAGAAACAGAAAACAUUUUAAAUCCCUGC